CACACACACUCUCUCUCUCUCAUACACACACACACACACACACACACGCAUUAGCAAAACAUUCCUUUAGGACUAAUGUGGCGUGUCAGUGCGAUCAUGUUACUGUAGCGCGCACACACACACACACACACAAAGCCCAGGGUGUUGGCUGGACUGGAUAUAAUUUUCCCAUCUGUCUUUCUUUAAUUUUUCUUCCCCCUCUUUCCUUCUCUCUCUCUAUUUAUUUCUCUCAUCUUUCUCUGUUUUUAAUUCCGUCUCUCUGACCCCCCCCUCUCUCUCUCUCUCUCUCUCUCUCUCUGCUUCUCUCUCUCUCUCUCUCUCUCUCAUUCUCUGUCUCUGUCUCUCUUAGUCUAUCUCUCUUUGUCUCUUUCUCUCUCUCUUUCUCUGUCUCUCUCUCACCUUCUCCCGAGUGACUGUUCGCAGUCUGUUGCAGUCUUUCUUUCUUUCUUUCUUUCUUUCUGUCUUUCUUUCUUUCUUUCUUUCUUUCUGUCUUUCUUUCCAUAUUUGUUUCUCUGUGUCUGUUCCGGUUUUUGACACUCUCUUGAACUAUCGUUUACAGUUUUCCUUUUUUAUUUUUUUUUUCCAGUUUUGAGCUCUCACAUCUGUCAUGUGCUGCCAGUAAAAGAACAAGGCAGCGAUGACUUUGGUCUUGUCCAUGAACCCUUUCUGUGACCAUGAAGCUGAACCUCCGCGUCCAAUUUACCAGCCAAUCUGGGAGACUGAACACACUGGCCCCACCCACUCGUCAUCUGGGGGCGACGCCCACGAGCUCCGUGAUGAGCCCGUCUGUAGAGGAGCCGCAGAUCAUGUGACCAUGUCGCGAAUCGCUUACUUUAAAAGGAAAUAUGUGGAAGACGACGACCUUCCGCUAAACUUCAGGAGUUACCGUCACACCGUGUCUCCAGUGUUAGAGGAACACACUCACGUCCUUCACCUCUCUCUGGACAAAAUGCGCUUCAUUGACGACCCUGAGGCGUUCCUGCGCCGUUCCGUUCUCAUCAACAACCUCCUGCGCCGCCUCAGAGCCGAAAUCCUCAUCCAGGGGGCGUGGCCUUUCAUGACAGGCUCCGCCCCUGUUUCCUUGAUGACGCCCGUCUCCUCCCACCAGGACCGGAGCCGUAAGAGGCUGAGAUUACUGCACGAGGAGGAAGAAGACGAGUGCGUCUCCGCGUGUUGUUGCUUCUACGGCGCGAGCAGGUACAUGCAGCUUCCCGUGUGUGUGUACGAGAGGGACAUUCAGCCUUCAUCAUCAUCGUCAUCAUCAUCAUCAUCAUCAUCAGCCAUAACGGAGAGACUGGAGCGUCUUUUUGAAGAGGAGGAGGAGGAAGAGGAGGUAGAGAGUGAAGGAGAGGAGGAGCUCGACUCCCUGUGCCCCGGGUUGGACCUGUGCGAAGCGUCGUUCAAGGCGAGAGAGAGACAUAGAGAGAGAGAGACACAAGGAGAGACGACGGUCGCCGUGGAAACGGGACAGCACACAGCGCUAGUUUUGGCACAGCUCGGGAGGAAAUAGGAAAGCAGAGGAUUGACAUGGUACACAGUAACGACUUCACGGAUGAAUAAAUGAUAUAAAGGUUGACGGUAGCAGAAAACGUACGUCCUACAGAGAGAAAAUGCCGUAACGCUAGCUAGCUAGGUCUCACUACAAAUGAGCUAGCGGUUGUUAUAGUCCAGAGUCAGUAUGCGGCCAUUUCACAACAAAUUCAAAAUUAAAUUGCAUUAACAGCGGGCCUCAUUUAUCAAGUUGUGUGUAAAUGUUUUUCGUGGCCAAAACGACAAAAGAUUCCCAAGAAUUUUCAAGAUAUUCUGUGAUGCUGAUUUUAAUUUUUUUUUUUGUCAUACUCACGUGCGAAUGUUGGUAAACGCCAAUCGGUCGUAAAUUAGCUAACGCGUUCGACGCCCAAAACGCUCCCUAAAAGGCAAGGCAAAAAUCACACAGAGCUGAAAACAACAAAAUGGCAACUAAACGGCGAAAGAGCGCCUCCUAAGCACGGCGUGCGCUAAAUCUUCCAAUAAUGCAGCUCAGCCACUGUAUCUAAUACAAUAAAUGAGGCCCACUGUCUCUGUAAUAGACAUUGUUUUUAAAAAUUGAUGUUCGUUAUCAAAACUGAUCCGAACAGAAGGUUAGAGGAACGCUUAACGUUUAGUAAAUGUCGUUUGGACCAGAGCAGGACGUAACACAAAAUUGUUGACGACUUCAGCGAAUUCUUCAUUUCUCCAAGACAUUUUUAUGCUGAUGGACCGAAAAUGUUACAGUUUCUCUCCAGAAACUAGCUAACGGUGCCUUAUUUCUGUAUUUUUAAAUGUAUAUACAGUUUGUAUUUGUGUUUGUGUGUGGAUAUCCUUAAGUCCUUACGUUAAUGCAAAAAAAAUUAGCGAUUAUGGAUAUUCCUUCUUGACAUGGAACCGAUUUGGGAUGAAACGUACAGUUUCAGUCAACAGCUAACAUUGGCUAGCUAGCUACUUUGUGUUUACUUCCUAGCUCCUGCUAGCUCACUGCAAAAAAAGAAAAA